GGGACCUCAGGGGUGGCGGGAUGGCGGCGGCGACGUGCGCACCCCCGGCCAGGCCCAGCCUGACCUCCAUCUCGUCGGGGGAGCUGCGCAGCCUGUGGACGUGCGACUGCGAGCUGGCCCUGCUGCCGGUGGCCCAGCUGCUGCGCCUGCUGCCCGGCGCCCUCCAGCUGCGCGGGGACCAGCUCACUGUGCCCGGACCCGGGGAGCCGGCUGCCACGAGCGGGGGUUUCAACGUCUUCAGCGACGGUGUCGUGCGCCUGGACGGGCAGCUCUGCCGCCUCAACCGCUACAUCAAGAGAUAUGUGGAACUGACCAACUACUGCGACUACAAAGACUACAGGGAAACUAUACUGAGCAAACCGAUGCUAUUCUUUGUUAACGUACAGACCAGAAAAGACACCUCAAAAGAAAGAACAUAUGCCUUCCUUGUGAACACCAGGCACCCCAAGGUAAGAAGACAGAUAGAGCAGGGGAUGGACAUGGUCAUUUCCUCGGUGAUUGGAGAAAGCUACCGGCUCCAGUUCGAUUUUCAAGAGGCAGUAAAGAAUUUUUUCCCUCCGGGAAAUGAGGUGGUUAAUGGAGAAAAUUUGAGCUUUAGCUAUGAAUUCAAAGCUGACGCAUUAUUUGAUUUUUUCUAUUGGUUUGGGCUCAGCAAUUCCACUGUAAAGGUGAAUGGAAAAGUUCUGAAUUUGUCAAGCACAAGACCAGAAAAGAAGGAGACAAUUAAAUUAUUUCUGGAGAAAAUGAGUGAACAGUUAAUUCGCAGGAGCAGUUUCUCUGACCGAAAAUUCAGCGUAACUUCCAGAGGCUCAGUAGAUGACGUCUUUAACUGCAGCCUGUCACCCAGAUCAUCCUUGACGGAGCCUCUUUUGGCAGAACUGCCAUUUCCAAGUGUUCUGGAAUCUGAAGAGACACCUAAGCAGUUUCUCUGAUUGGACUGAUGGCCUCGUUCCUCCUCCAUCCAGGCCAGCUGAAGGUGGGAGGGAGGCAGGAUGAGGUGGGAGGCAGGCCUUCCAUCCUCUGGUCCACCCUCUGCUCCUCGGAGCGCUCCCGUCACAUCCUGUGGGUGCCACCCUGGCAGGCCCCCACAGCUGACCUCAGGAUGGGAGGGCACUGGCCCUGUGGCCAAGGUAACCUCUCCUUUGAACACUUCUCCAAAGAGGCAGAGGGCCCGGUGGGUUCUGCCAUCCUGAGUGCUUUGCGUAGGACCUUGGCAUUCUAGGAGAGCCCCCAGUCUGCCUCGGGUGUUGACAGUGUCGCUUCACAAAUCAGGGUUUGGCCCUCUGCUUGGGACAUCCUUGUCUGAACCCGAAUUCCACUAGCAUGGGGUUAGCCGUGCUGCUCUCUUGCAAACUUGGCUGGGCAAGAGCCUCUGACACCUUUCACUGGAAGGUGAGUGUGUUUCUCAUCCUGCCUUAGGAGAACCAUUCCAGGUAAGGUUUGCCGGGACUGGCCUGGUUGACAGGAUGGCAAGCCCGCCCCCUGGUGCCUAAAAUUUGAACUCCCUUGGCCUCCCUCCUAACAAAGUGGCCUGUGUAGGAAGAAGCCAGGUGAUGUGCAACCAAACAGUGACAGGGGAUGAAUAAUGAUUACAGCAGUGUCCUCUUUAUUGAAAGCACCUUAUGUCAGUUGGGUAUUUUUUGUACUUUUUUAUUGAAUUUAUUGGGGUGACAUUGGUUAA